CAAGGUCUCGACCCCCCACCCCCUGUCGUUCGUGUUAUCAUCGCCAGUCCGUCAUCGCGUACGAACUUGGCAUCUUUCUGUAUCGUAUUUGUUCACUGGACGUCGGCCGAGCGAUACGAACCGAGAGGAAAGGUUUUCUCUCCCUUUUUCCACUCUCUCCGCAAGGGUGAAAGGUUCACGAACCGUGAGGAAGAAUCGGCACACACGCCUCGCGGAGAGCUGAGAAAGCCACGGGGCGACGAUAUCGAUCGUUAUUAGGCUUUUAUUAGACGGAAGUGUUGUCGAUGGCGCGCAGAGGGUACAUCUACACGGGGGGUCGUGUUAACUUAAGUGAAAAUAUCACCGAGAGGUCCGUCAGGGGCUGACCACCUCCUUUGCCUUAAUUCCCGCGCGAUCUGUCACAGAGUCUGAUCGCGCUGCUCCCAGAGGCAGGAUGCUCUUCUUGUUCUCCGGCUUCGUCCCGAGAUCCAAAGAGGUCUGCGUUGAACGCUGCGCGUAUUCGAGACUGGUCGACGGUACCUGCAUCGUGCCGGAGUGCUUAAAAGAAAGAGGGACAAUUACUUCUGUCAACAAAUUUCUGACGUCGUUGCCAGCGAAGUUCGAAGACGUAUCAGACGAAGGACGUUCGGAGCGAGACCGUUGGGAAACUAUCGGAUAGCUGUCGCAGGAAUGCGAAACACGUUCUGUGAACUAUAACUUUCCCAAGUUUGAUAACCGAUUGACCGGAAGCGUUUAAGCGACGGACCGGAUGCCGCGAUAUCGCCCGGAUAAUGGUAUCAUUAAUGGCGUCGUUUGCCACGCGAGACACGGUGAAUUAGAGUGCGGUUGCUGCUGAAACUAUGCCAUCGUGGGCUAGUACGUCUUAAGGUUCUUUUUUCUCGUGGACGGUAUCGAGUGUUUCUCUUAGAGGAUCGGUUAAAAAACGAUGACUGUGUAUGAGUGCUUUGUUCGAUCUUACUUGUGUAUUACCUCUUUGCUCUUGAAAGGUGACUUAAUUUUCAAAUCUCGAAUUAGUUUAAUCAAAGCUUAGCAUUCGUGGCAGUAGAAUGCUAAGGAAGCAUCUCGAGUUGCUGGUAGAUACCAGAAAAAAGCCUUCGAGUGCAAAGGGUUAAUAGACGAAGAAGUGAUAAAGGUUCACGAUGGAGGCGCGUGAGAAGUCCAUCGAAUGGGCCCUGCUGUUCCCCCUGAAGGCAGGCCUCUUCGCCAUGAAGUCGUCCUUGUCGUCCAAGAGCGUGAAUCGCGAGAAGGACAGACUGUCCAAGAAGAAUCUGCUCCCCAGCCCUAGAAUACGUCGAGGCUCCUCAUUGUCCGACUUGGACAAGCUGCAGAGCAAGCCAGUCCUCCCGGACGUGGUGAGAUCCACGGAGAAAUGCUCCGAAUCUCUUCCCCACUCGCCAGCCUUCUCGAGGACGAACCUUCAGCUGGGGAAUCUUUACGUCAGGGGCAGCAUAGGCGACCUGAUGAAUAUGAAGAAAUACGGCGCGUCCACGUGGAGCGUGAGAAGUGAGAGUUUGAUCGCCAAAGCUGUGCCUCUAAGCACGGUGACCCCUAGGCACAGCCCGCCGUUUGAAAAGAGCGUCGAGGAUCUUGAAGACGAGCUCCAGGAUGAGUGCCAUGUCCCCGGGAAGCCUUUAACCUGCGCUCAAAGAACGCAGAGGCUCAGCAAACUCAUCAAGAAGCAGAGACGCAUGAUGGUCUUCAGCCCCAAGACCCUGCAGCGUGAUCUUGUAAGUAACUAUAUCCGUUCAAUUUCCUGGGAAAUCCUAUCGAUUCAGCGGGCGAAAUCGUCGGUCGCAGGUGAGUUUUAUCUUCGCACAAUGCUUUGCCUCUAACUAUGAUGAACGAACAGUUCAAUAUGUGUUUCUAAACACCCCGAUGAAAACUACGAUACGGCAGGAGUAACGUAUCGUCCUCUUGCGGAUGAAGUUUUCGCGAGAAAUCGUUAAACGCAAGUGCACCCGGACGUCGUAAAGAUGAUAAAGCGAGAACAAUGCUCUGACAAUAUUAUUCAAUUUCUCUCCGGAGGGGCAAACUCCAACGUGCUCCGACGAGAAAGCAAAGCUUCGCUUCCCUCGUUAACUCACGCAUACUUGCGACAACGUGAUUUAACAAAUACAAGAACGAAUUAAAUAAGAAAAUUCGUUUAUGCGUCGUUAAUGAAUAUGCUAUUUGGUAAAAUUUCAUUUCAUUUCAAUUUUUAAUUAAGGCUUGAAGCUGAAAACAAUACAUUUGCGAAAUAUGAGUGAAUAAUAUUUGUUAUAAUGACGUACUAUACGCAGGAAUGUAAUAUAAUUUUUUUAUCAAAUUUUUGUACAGGUAUUAUAAUAGAAAUAUUUUUGAAACUCGUUAUUUUAAUAGUCAUAAAACUAUGAAGAAAUAUAAUAAAAAUAUUUUAUAUAAGUCCACAGUCUAACUAUUAUAUUUUUUAAAUAAAAACCAUAGCGAAAUCUUUGAUUAUUACUACUAUCUUUAAUAACCCCUGUGUGUAUUAAUAUUUUCGUGAUUCAUCGUAUUUUAUCGGAGUCGCUAUUUUUAGCAACGAUAUCGACACUCGAAGAUGAAAAUUUGAACGAGU